UCCUUACUUUUAACAGUUUUUGUUUCGGUCUCAUCACUGUUUUGCGUCGUCUGCUAAUAAUCACAGUAAAAACACGGUUCGCCUGGCCGCCAUUACGAUGACGUCACGAAAUGGACAGCUCUCUCGGCCUCGUUUUCACCCACAGUGCCUGUGUACACAUUCAACAUGUCGGACUCGAGCGCAAUAAGUGAUUUUCAAGUUUCUGAUAGUGAUAAUGCUAGCGUUGUAACAUCCUCGAGUAAUUUCACGGAUAGUGGAGAUGAAUCAGUGGUAACUGGUGUCAUUCUUGGCUACCAGUUCGAGCCCGUUGUUGAAGGCAGUUUUGAGGAUAUGGAAGAAGGCGAGGAUGUUGAUGACGAGGAAGAGGAAGAUAGAUUCUGGCGACUUCGUAUGGAGGAGCAAAACUGGUGCAUAUGUGGUGACAAAUGUGAGGUGCAAGAUGUCCCAAUAGAAAAUGCCUGUUGCCAUGAAAAGGAACCAAUUUUGAGGAAAAUUGAGGCGUACAACGAGGAACAUGGCGGAAACAUUCGGUGCAUCACCGAACAUCCCGGGUUCCAGUCCAAUUGCCUUGAUGUGUGGGUGCUACAGACUGCCUACUCCCAUUACAAGCAGCAAUAUCGGGCGGCAGUAGAUGGAGAAACAAAUGAGAAAUAUAGAUACGUUGCCUAUCGUCAACUCGUCAGGUGGUGCUGGGGAUUCCUUGGGAAAAAGAAUCGAGUGCCCCUACCAGCAUGUGCUUUGGAGAAGAUCCGGUUAAGAUUUUAUGUUCUUGGGGAUGCAGUUGGUUUCAAAUACCCAACAUUGGAUGACUAGAUUUAUAGAAUGUAUCACAAAGCAUUCACUAGUGUUUAUUCAUAUCACCCAGUCAUGCCAGUGUCAUGCAAUACUUGUGCCAUUGGAUUGUUCAUGAACAUGAAUCUCUAUAGAUUUACACGGAUUCAACGAGUGGAUUUUCGUGAAGGCUGGAUGUAACAUGAUUUGGAGUAUCGCUUGUGUCUUUCGUUAUAGCUGUCAACAGCUUCAGCCUUAUUAGGGUGAUCAUAUGAGCUACAGAGUGCUGGUGGUAUGUAGAUAUUGUUGUCCUCAAAGUCAAAGUCGUUCUCUCUGCACCGGCGCUGAACUUCUACCAUCAACUUGUCGACAUAACCUGAAAUGAAAGGAAAAUUUUAUCUUGUAAAGCAUCUGUCAAGCACGAACCUAUAUUCACUCUUUGUCAUGUCUCGCACUCUUUGAAAACUUAUAAAAACUGUCUUUUUGUCACUGUUACCUUACAUGUAUUCUAGAAACAAAGGGUGAUAUGAAUAAAGACUUGUAAAUGCUUUUACUUCAGUUUUGUACAGAAAGGCCUAGUGUACUGUAUUGAGUUUUCAGUAAAAGCAUUUGCUAGUCUUCACCCAUUGACUGGGUGUGUGAUUUGUACAUUUAAUGAUCUAAAAAUACAAUUAUUUUAUACAACUUUGCAAUUUACUUCCUCUUAUGUAUACAUGUAUGAUAUAAGACAUUUCUGAAGAAUGGAUUAUGGGCAGCUUGA